AUGGUGGUGGUGCUCCUGCUGUCACCGGCAGUGACGCUUGUUCACGGACAACGGCUCCCGGAAGGGAGUGAGUUACAGCACACUUCUUCCGGUGGUCCUCCGCAUCAUCGGCGACAUCAGCAGCAGCAUCAUCAUCAUCGGGAAGCAGCACCCGUCGUUGAUCUGGACGAUACCGCGGCCGACGCUGGCGAUGACGGUGGUGGAGGUGAACAUCCCUAUAAGGGGAAGCCGCUCGGCAACUUCCUCCUAAUCGAUUACCUCAACGACGGUGAACGGGAACGGCGCAUCAGUUGGAACGGCAUCAUCGGCAAGGAGACGAGCCUCGCCGACACUGGUUCCAACAAAUCGCUGGCCCUUUGGCAGAUGGCAUACCGCACCUAUCUGAUGCAAAUCAUCUACAACAGCGACGGCGACAUGAUGGACUGCGAGUACGUUCGGCAGCGGCCGCUGGUGCACCAGUUUCACGCACGCUUCCGCACGGAGUUCGAACAGGCACGGGCACGAAACUUUAGCUCGCCGUUCACGUUGCCCGCACGGGGCCGCCAGUCGCUGGUGUCGGAUCACGAGUUCCGGGAGUACAUCGAGCACGACGUCGUAACGUCCGAGAUGGAGGAACUGCAGUACAACGUGUACGAGUUUCCGGCCGGUGUGCCACGGGCGCAACGGGCCGCCGAUGCGUUCGGGAUGCGCAAUCUCACCUACAUUCCGCUCCGGACACCGGCCGACAUCCCGGGCGAGCUGAUGGGUCAGCUGAACUUCCACGAGCUGAAGCAGCGAUGUAACGUGCGGCAUAUGCAGCUGAAAGAGAUCGCUUCCGGGCUGCGGAGUGCGGACCCGGAGCACCAGCGGAUAGCGAACGAGAAGCUGCAGAGGCACAAGCGGGCCAUCGCCGACUGGUUCCUGUCGCCGAACACGAAAUGGUGCGGCAAGGGACAUUCGGCAGUCCACUACCACCAGCUAGGAGGCGCAUCCCGGGCGGACAUGUGCUGCCGGAAGCACGACCACUGCAAGAUCAUGAUACCGGCCAUGGGUACCCGGUGGGACCUGUUCAAUUUGCGUCCCUUCACGCUCAGCCACUGUAGCUGCGACACGAGGCAACGCCGCGACCUGUCCAGUAUGCUGCGCGUCCCGGGCACCAAGUGGUGUGGCAAGGGCUGGAGCGCCCGGAACUACGUCGAGAUGGGCGGCUACUCGAAGGCCGACCGCUGCUGCCGCCAGCACGACCUCUCGUGCCCCUUCUGGAUACUGGGCUUCGAGACGAAAUACGGACUGUUCAACUGGCGCGUCAACACGCUGAUGCACUGCAGCUGCGACGAGAGGUUCCGCACCUGUCUCAAGAUGGCCGACUCGAGCGACGCCAACCUGGUCGGCAAGCUGUUCUUCAACAUCGUGCAGAUGAAGUGUUUCGUGCUGAAACCGGAAUCGGUGUGCGUGAAAAAGUCGUGGUGGGGCAAGUGCGAGAAGAAAAUUCGCCGAAAGCGCGCCCACCUGCGGGACAACCGGAAGUUCUAA